UGUAGUUUCAGAGCCAUAUAAAGAGCAUCUUCUGUCUUUAUGUCAAGAUAAAAUCUGCUGUGGUGUUGCUGGUGAAGACUCAGGAUUUACAGGAAUAAUGAGUGCAUCCAAACCCCAAGAAAGCGGUGAGGUGCGAAUCGAACCCUCUCUGAAUAAGAAUGAAGCAGAGUUUAUAGCAGAAAGGAGAAAAUCUGUUCUACAAAGCCUGAAGAAGCUUCAGAUAGAGUGCAGUCAGAAUGAGGUGCCAAACAUUGCCUUAUUGGGUUCUGGAGGAGGACAACGAGCCAUGGUGGGAUUGCUGGGAUCCCUGGUUCAGCUCCAGAAAACAGGUCUUCUGGACUCCAUCCUUUAUUUGAGCGGAGUCUCUGGAUCCACGUGGUGUAUGGCCUCCUUAUAUCAGGAACCAGACUGGUCCACCAAACUAGAGACUGUGAAAGACAAGAUCAUCCAGAGACUCAGUGGUCCUGGAGUCAGCUGGAAAGAAGCAUUUGAGAAACUGAAGAAAUAUUACUCUAGGAAAGACUACUUCAGUCUGACUGACUUCUGGGCAGUGAUGGUCAUCACGUCAUAUGUGAAAGAGAUCGAUGAACACACACUCACAGAGCAGUGGAGCCAGCACAGUAAAGAUGGUAAAGUCCCGUUUCCCAUAUACACCGUGAUCGACAAGAAGUGCAAACACCACAAUAUCGGAGACCCCUGGUUCGAGAUCACUCCUCAUGAAGCAGGUUAUUCUCUCACUGGAGCGUUUGUGGACGCCUCCAACUUUGGCAGCAAGUUUCACAAAGGCUCCAAGAAAAAUCAGCAGGAUGAAUUUGACAUGCUGUACCUGCAAGCUCUAUGCGGAAGCGCUUUAGCUGAUGAAGUGGAGAUUAAGGAACAGCUCUGGCAAAAGAUAAAAGAUUUAUUUCAACAAAAGGAAACAAUAUUUCAGGAAUCGAGAAAGGAACAGCAUGAGAGGAGUCUGGAAGCAUUGGAGAGCAGAGCAGGGACGGAAAUUGCGGCGGGAUUCGAACUCAGGAGGGGAGAAGCGCUACUGCGGAUAUCAGAGCACAGACAAGAAGAUCCAACCACUCCAGCUUCAGAUGAGGAGUGUUACCAGAAGCUCAUGAACCUCGUGGACAUGAAUCUCUCUGCUUUGACUGGGGAAGAUCCUUCUGCUUUUGAUGAAUCCAUCAGGACAUCACUGAAUGACCUCUCUGGAGGCCAAAGUCUUAGUGGAGAACUGAGAAUUGCUGAAGCAUAUAAACUGGAUUUGAAGAGUUACACCAUGGAUGUGUGCAACAGUUUUAGAGGUCGGAUUGGUUGGCCAUUUGAUGCUUGGACGAGAAUUAUUAAAUGCAUUUAUAAGUGGACCUGGGGCAGGAAUUAUAACUUCCUCCACGACAUGACAGGUGAAGCAGUGCCCUCCACUCUUCAGGAAACUGAGACGAGAGACUUUGAAGAUGCCGGGCUGUUGCUCAACUCACCCUACUUCUCAGUGCUGAGAAAAGAGAGAGACAUCGACCUCAUCAUUUCACUGGACUUCAGUGAGGGUGAUCCUUUCAUGACGGUGAUGGAAGCUGCCAAGACUUGCAAGGAACUAAACAUCCCUUUCCCUGAGGUCAACAUUCCCAGUGAGGACUUACAGAAACCGAAGGACUUCUAUGUGUUCAAAGGCAAAAACACUCCAACCGUGAUCCACAUUCCUCUCUUUAAUAUGGUCAACUGUGGAGAUAAAAUUGAGACCUGGAGGAAAAGUUAUAAGACCUUUCAAGGUCCUUACAGCGCUGAGAUGAUCACUGAUCUCAUGGAGGUCGCUGGAAAAAACAUCACAAACAACAAAGGAAAACUGGUGGAGCAGAUCCGUGCGGCCGUUGGGCAAAAAGGAUCCAGACGUUAAUGUUUAAAAUCUGAAUAUAGACUAAACUGAUUUGCAUAUCAGCAGUGUUGGGGGUAACGCAUUAUAAGUAACAUGAGUUAUGUAAUCAGAUUACUUUUUUUCAAGUAACUAGUAAAGUAACGCAUUACUUUUAAAUGUACAAUUUAAUCUGAGUUGCUUUUUCAAAUCAGUAACGCGAGUCACUUUGUUUUCACAUUUAUUGACUGAUGCCUCUCCUGUCGCCAUGUUGAGAGGAAUCGUAAGUGUUUGUAACGUAACAUUACUUUCCUUAAAAAGUAACUAAGUAAUGCAAUGGGGGUAACACAAUACUUUCUGAAGUAAUUUUCUAAAACACUGCAUAUCAGUCAUUUUAGUUUAAUUUCUUUUUCAGUCAGCUUUUUUUCUGCAAAAUGACAUUAGAAUAUCAGAGGUUUCCAUUUAAAUUCUGUUUAAAAUGUUUCUGCAUGUUUCAAUGUUUCAUCAUGCAUGCUGAUUAAAAUAAAAUAGAGUUAUGGUCCUGAAUGCUGACUGGUCAAUUCGAAGUUUCAUCAUUUUUUUCCCCCUAGUAUUUUGGACAUACAGUAUUUAAAAAGGGUUCUUAUUAAUUCCACAAGGGUUAGGAUUUGGUUUCCUGAUAAGCAGUGUAAUAAUUUAAUUACCCAGAAAUUUCUUCCAUGCUCUUAACAGAGUUAAAUACACUAAAAAAAAAAAAAAAAAGAAUGAAUGAAUGGCAUGGUUUAUUAACUAGAUGCAAAAAUUUUAUUUUAGAAAUCAUAUUUUCAAAAAUGCAUCUAUUUGAUUCCUUAGAAUCAGUAUAAACCAGCCCAUUUGUGAAAAUAAUCAAAUUGAAUCAGUUAAAGACCCCCCGUGGUGAAAAUCAAGUUUGUAAUGUUGUUUAUAUGUCUAUGUGGUGUUUUUAAUAUGCUUUAAGACAAACCAUGUGAAAAUUCAUCAGUCAACACCAUUGCUGAGUAUUUUUUCCUUAAAACGGAAGUGAAAAAAUGCGGUUUGAAAUCGUUGGUGUGUGUGACGUCACUAACUACCUUGUAACCAAUCAUGUCAACAUGCUGGCAGGCUUUAGCAUAUCAUUAACAGCGAUCUAGCAGGGAAGUCUCGAGAGAAGCCAGAUUAUCUCUAUAUAUUUUUCUGUUGAUAUGAAAAAUUGUGUAGAAUUCUGAUGAACUAUAUGCCUUUCUCCACUGACGUUCUGAGGUGUUAAAGCAUUUGUAAGGAGUUGUUGGAAGGCAUCUGUCUGACUCUGACAUGACGAAUGUGAACAUGGUUUGUGUAACAUUAGCAACGCAUUAUUACCUAACAUAGUCAAGCAAAAGUCUAAUUAUGUUAAUUACCUUUACGUGUCCGGCGUUGUAUAGAGCGACACCAUUGUGCAGCGUUUACCUCAGUAAGUUGACCGAGUGGAUCUCUGAGCUGGUGUCAGUGAGUGGAGGCGGGGCUAAUUUGCAUAUUCAUUGAUUUGCGUAUACUAACUGAGGCGAGGGUGUAGAGUUAGUUUCAAGCUAUUUUAAGGCAUGAAGAAUUUUUUUUUACAGGAAAAUAAAAACUUGGUGAUUUUACUGACUUCAGGAGGACUUUAUAAAAGAAAGAACAUGGUUGUAAUGUUUGCAUAUAACUGCAAACGUCAAUUAGGUCAAAUGCAUACUGUUUGAUAAAUAAAAUAUCCCUAACCCUGGAAAUUGUGCAUUUAAAUAUUGUACAGUACUGUUGCAUGAAUCUUAUUUGUGUUUCAUUAAUCCAUGACUGACAAAUAUGUAACAAAUGUUUAUUACUAUUAUUUUAUCAAAACUGUAAUCAAAUGUAUGGAAAUUUUAUAUGAAAUUAAAAUACAGG